GUUACAUGUUAUAUUCGAAGUUCCUCAAGAUUCACAUUUGGCACCAACGCUGUUCGAUUCCUUCAAAAGCGAUUUAGCCGGGGGAUCGUAGGAUGUCCGCAGUUGAAAGGCAAGUGGACGAGAGAAAGAGAAGAAGGCGAAUCGAAGCGGGUAGGAGGUGUGCACACCUCUUACGAGUUUACGAGGCCUACGUCGAGCAGAACGAGCGGACAGUUACCUUUCUGUUUCGAGACCGCGAGGAUCUGCUUCCCUCUAACGCGCGGGAAUUCAUCGGUGAUAUAGCUUCGCUUCUUUUCUCUUUUUCGUCAAUUUCUCACGUUUUCGCUAACAACCCCCCCCCCUCUCUCCUUCUCCUCUCGAAAAUUCCUUGCAAAACCCUACGCGAAAGAUCGUCGACGGUGGCAAACGGAUAAGAUAACGUAAACGUUUAAACGUCGCUUCCGACAUCUGCCUGGAAACGUUAUCCACCGGCGACAGGAUUCCUCGUUGAAACCUUCGCGGACAGAUAGUGGAUACGGUACCCUGACAGAAGGAUUUUCCUCGAUCGCGACUGAUCGGGGAGAGCGUGUUGCUCCCAAUCAGCGAAAUGACGCUAGUUCUGUUAUCGUUCUGCACCCUGCUCGCGUGUGUCAGAGUGCAGGCCAUCUCUACAGCGUGGAGACCAGCGUUUCCGGCGCCAUCGACCAGUGGUUUGCACCAGGAUAGUCCUCUCUUUACAACUGGGCCAACACAGUCCCUGUUCGACCUCGAGGCCCAGUCUUACUUGGGCCAGCGCGAGUUGGACAGAUGCGCUCUCUACAAGGUCUCGAUGAACCAGCAGUUGUACUUCGAGUACAUUCAAUACAAGACUGAUCUGCCGGAUAUAAAGGAGUUUACUCUGUGCGCUUGGACCAAAUUCACCAACCACUCGAACGACCAUCCUAUAUUUUCGUACGCAGUCGGUGACCAACCGCGAGGGAUACUCGCUUGGGUGGCCAACACCGCGAGAAGUUCCUACUACAUGAUGAACAUCGACGGGCACAACUUGUACCGAUUGAAUUAUCCGCUGCGAUUGAACAAGUGGUAUCACUCCUGCCAAAGCUGGAACGGCCGCACCGGGGAAUGGCAGAUCUGGGUCAACGACGAGCGCGUAGGUCGCGGGUUCAACAACAGACUGGUCGGUCACAUCAUCAAAGGGGGUGGAAUAGCAAUCACGGGACAGGAACAACGACAACUGGGCGGCGGCUUUUUGGAAGGCGAUGGUGCACCUCAGGGAUCGGGCGGCUAUCUAGGGGAAGUGACGAUGCUCCAAUUAUACAGCGUCGCCUUAACAGCUGGAAAGGCUCACAAAGAUCACAAACACCACCAUGCUCAUCACUACGAACACGAUACGAGUAACAACACGCCUAGACCUACGUCUCGUCCGCUUGUGACGCAGCCACCGCUUCCGCAAAGUCCCUUCCUUACCGGAGGACAAAUAAAUCCACAGGUGAAAAUCAACCCUGGAUCGCCACUGCAGAUCGUCCAAGGGGGCGUCACUUUGAGACAUCCUGCCCUGGUACCCCGUGAUCCACCGCCUCAGCCACUUCCGCCGGUGAAUCCCGAAUCCGUCUCGUCCGCGUUUCCCUUGCAAUCUUCGCAAUUCUUUGGCAACCUGCAGCCCGCCGCAGGCUUGCAGCAUUCACCGAAUGGACUAACCGGCGCUGGAUUGAGCUUCGCGGAUGGUCCCUACCGCAAUCUAUUCAAAAGGGAGAAGGAUUCGUCGAGCGAUGAAAGUACACACGGGGAAUUGGACUCGAGCCUCGAGGUCCUGGCAGACUCCAAGAAAUUGACGACGAAGAGAGACGCGCAAGAACCUGCUGUGGAUAAAUCGUCCGACGAUAAGGUGACAUUCGUGCCACACACGGAACUCGAGGAAUUCGAGGCGAAGAAGUUGCAGAAACGAGAUUCUACUAAAAAGAAGAGAGGAUUGGUGCAGCUGGGCGAUGGACUGAUCGUGGAUGACGGUUACAUCCCCCAAGGUCUGGACAACGAGUACUUCGCGGGAUUGACGAACUUCGGUCUUCAGCUGCCCAAGUACGAAAACAAGGACGACGAAAGGGAACCGGCGGAGGCCGAGGUCAAGAUGGUAAUGGAUAUCUGCGAUGGGUGUGCCCCGGAGCCCUUUGAAAAGGCAUUGAUCAUGGCGUGGAGGUCGGUUCCUAAGAAAUUGUACUCCGGUGCUCUGCAUCUUCCAGCUUUGCAGUCGUGCAAGGCGUUUUAAGCGCGAUCAACCGAUUGAAAGAGAAGACCCGUAUCACAGUUUCCGCAAGCUUCGCUCGCCAUCGAUCCCAAUGAUUUACAUUCAUCGCCGGGUCACGACUGUCGAUGUCUAUCGCUGACACUGGAUCCCUCCUACGUGCUGUGAACUCGUGGCCAGCGAAUUUUGAACGUUAGCUCGAUUACGCGAUUACUUGCGAGCCAGAAUCGGGGUCGAUUACACGGACAAGCUCCGAUUAGAAACGUAUUUAUUUACAUAGGGUAGGUCUGUCGUUAAGUUAGGACUAGCGAUGGGACGGAUCUGAUGACAUACUCGUUAACAUCGAUACGUAUCAAUUUACAAACGUAGACGCGAACAGAUAUCGAAAUAAGUAGUCAUUGAUGUUAGUAGAACUUGUACUUGUUUGUAUUUCUUGUGGUAUCGCCGAGCGUCUAAUAAGACAACGAUAUAGCUGGUCUAGUAUCUCGGUUGGAAGUUAUUUCCAAGGAAAGAAAAUUAAUUUAAUUUGUAAAUUAAUAGUCCCAUUACUAGUUAAGAUAACGCGGAUAGCCGAGGCUGAAUUAAGGACUGGACUUUAAGGGCUACAGACGCCUAGAAGCCGUUGUUAAUUAAAGAGAUUAAGAGUCCAAUGAUUUUAAGUAUAAGCACGAAAUGUAGCAAGCUUCCAGUAUCUACAACCUUGCAGGAAAGAAUGGAUUAGCUUCUUCACUACCUAAUGUUGAAAUAACAAUAUGGAUUUAUUUGUGUUUAAUGAUAAAUAAUGGAGAAUAAUUUGGCUAUAGCCGACACAAGCAGUAGAGAUUUAAUUUAAAGCAAAGUCUCUCUUGGAAAUCUGUCUCAUUAAGUUUAAUUUCUAUUAUCAUCUUUGUUCUCCAUAAGUAGUCUCCUGAUCUUUUAUUGUUUUACUAUUUGAGACGUUGAGACACAGAACGUAAACUUCCCAAUAUUAAUUGAAUCGAUAAUAAGGUAGAAUCUCUGUCAGUGUUAUCUGCCUGAACCGUAGAUCAACCAUCCUCA